AAACGAACUCAUAGGCCGAACAGUCUCUCCCAAUUCAGAUGAGACGGGAGAGAAGCCUUCAAAAGCAAUUUCGUACAUCGAGUAGCCGAAACCUGCAGACUUCCGACUGUUCCAGAAAUUAAUUUCUCUCUCUAAAAACCAAACACAGGCAUACAGUGAUAUACGUACAUACAUACAAUACAUACACUCUCUCUCUCCCCAUGAAAUUUCAACAUUCCAAUGGAAAAUGUUAUGGAGAAUCAACCGCAAAACCCUCCUCUUUGUUCUUCCUCUCCAGUUACGAACUCCGAAAAUCUCGGGAAAAUUGAGGCGGAAUUGGAAACAAAAUGUUUUCCAAAUAUGGAAAUCGAUACAACAAAAACCCUAGCUCAGAUUGAUGCCCAUUUCUCUUCCGAACCAGCUCUCUCUGGGUCCGAACUAGGGUUUGCUGUUCGAGAUCAUGAAAAUGGGGUUAGGGUUUCUAGUGAGGGUUUGAACGGUGACGACGUCUGUGAUGUUGAAGUUUCAAACAAAACUCUGAUUGUUGAGGUUGAGAAAGAUUUCGGAGAACAUGAGAGACAAGAUGGUGAGAAGGGUUUGGGUAAUGGUGGUUCAAGUGAGUUGAUUGGGGAUGGUUCUGAUAAGAAUGAGGAAUUUGAUCGGAAUGGGUCAUUGGAAAGUGCAAAUGAGAGUGGGAAAGAUUGUGGGGAUGAUGAUGAUGAUAAAGGUUUUAUGGCUGAAAAUGGGGGAGACCCAGAUGAGAAGUUUGUGGAAAUUCUGAGUUUGGCGUCGAAGAUGGGUGAAAAUGGGGACGUAACAGGGGAGGGAGAGAGAAAACAAGAAUUGAAAGAUAAUGGAAAAGAGAACGAGGAGGAUGGAGAAAACGAUGAGGGUGAUCAAGAACAUGAGUUUUUAGUUGGUGACUUUGUGUGGGGGGAAAUUAGGAAUUUCCCUUGGUGGCCUGGACGAGUUUAUGAUCCUUCAGAUGCGUCGGAGUUUGCAAGAAAGAAGUAUAAACAGAGUGAACAAUUGCUUGUUGCUUACUUUGGAGAUGGUUCUUUCUCCUGGUGCUCCCCAUCUCAAUUGAAACCUUUUGCAGAUGAUUUUGAAGACAUGUCAAAGCAAAGUGAUUUUAAGAGCUUUGUGAAUGCUGUAGAGAAAGCUCUGGAAGAGAUUGGUAGGCUUGUGGAAUUGAAAAUGACUUGCUCUUGCAUACCCGAGGAAAAUCGGGUUGGGCUUGCUAGAGCUAGACCAUCAGCAAUGAAUGCUGGAAUCAAGAAAGGAGCCCUUGUGCCCGAGUGCAAUCUAAGAAGACUCUCAAUUCCUCAACAUGGGCCAGAAUUAAUUGCAACUCUCAGGAAUAUUGCAGAGGUAGUUUCUAUUGCCAAUAUUCUUGAGCUCACAGUGUUGAAGAGUUUUCUGUCAGCAUUUUAUCGAGCAAAAGGAGGUCACAAACUGCCUAUGUACCAUGAACCCCAGUGUGUCGAAGGACUAGAAGACAAGAAUAGGAAUGGGGUAACUGAUUUUAGUGGUCCGGUGGAAGUUCCAGUCCAAGGUCCAUCUGAAGAAGACUGGCUUUGUUCACCGGAAUCCCAUCGAUUUGGCCAAACCAAUCAAUCAUUGUUGCAGAAGGGCCCGGAAAUAUCCGAGGAUAUGCUUUACCACAAAAGGAAGAAGAAAAGCGUGGCUGACCUUAUGAAAGAAGACAUGGUUGUUGAGCCCAGCAAUAAGAAGGGGAGUAGGGUUAAAGAUGUAGCAAACCCAUCAGGGAGGAAGAGAGGAAGGAAAAGGAAGGCUGAGAGUGAAGAAGAAACUAAGGACAAAAUGUUUAGCAGUGAGAACGACGAUGAUGAUGAUGAUAGCAAUGCCAAAGAAGAAACCGAGAAUGUGUCUGCAUCAAGGGAAAGGAAGAAGAGCAGAUACUUAUCCCCUCCGUACACUAGUCUAAAAUGGAGGGUAAGAAACUCAAGCUCUAAGAGGGAUUCAGAAGCAGAAUCUAUGGAAUUUGAUACCACAGAUGACUCAUCUGAAGAUCAGAAGAAGAUUGACUCUGUGGAAAUCAGUGCAUCUGCAAAGGAAGUAGUAUCUGGUGUACGGUCUGCAGCCCUUAAUCCUCUAGAAUUGAGCAAGAAAAUUUCUGUUGAUGAGAUCGGUGGAUUCAUUUCUUUAUUCAGAAGUGCAAUCUAUGUAAAUGGCUCCAACUACAAAAUGUACCACAAACAACGAUCAGGUAGAAAGAGGAAGUGUUCGGGCUCCACACUUAAGUUGCUGGAACCAGACCUAAACUCGACUGACCAUGAGUUGCUUGAAUCUAAAUCUCAGCAGAGAACAAAUGAGAAGAAUGAAAAAGCAAAAUCGGCUAAAAAAAUGGCGAAGCUUAAGCAAGCCGGUGAGGUUUCUGGCUUGAAGACGAAGAAGAACAACACGGGUGAAGAAGCAGCUUCUACACCUGUAAGCCUCAUUGUGACUUUCCCACCCGGGAUCUCUUUGCCAUCAAAGAAUGACCUCAUCAAAAAAUUUAGGAAGUUCGGGCCUCUGAAUGAGAUGGAAACAGAUGUAUUGUAUAAUUCAUUCUGCGCUAGGGUUGUCUUCGUGAAGAGUUCUGAUGCAGAAGAAGCCUUCAAGACGUCUAAAAAGAAGAACCCCUUGGGACAACCCAAUGUUAAUUACCAGCUCCGAUAUUCCUCAGCUGCUUCAAGGGUUCCUUCCAAGGAGGGAGGCAGAACCUGCUUGAAUCGAGCUGAUUCACAGCCUUGCGCUGUUGAUGAGGCAUCCCGACUUCUCUUCAUAAAGAAGAAGCUUGAGAAAAUGACAUCAAUGCUGGAAAAGUCUGAUGGAGAUAUGUCGGCUGAAAUGAAGGCCAAGUUAGAGGGUGAGAUGAAAGGGCUGUUGCAGACGGUAAGCACAAUGGCGGAGUCUACCUCAUCUUGAAGUGAUGGAAGAUAUAUAAGAGCUGCUCGGUGCCACUUCUUGUUGUUGUAGUGUUUGUUGUCGGACUCUUUUGCUUAGGAAAUAGAUGUCCAUGUUGCUUUCUGAUUAAGAUGUCUGUAUGGAUGUAGGAGUAAGUUUAAUUUCUGCCAUAGGAUAUGAAUUUGAUAUAGGUUGGUUGCAUCUAUUUACUUCCUGUAGCAUAUUGCUUUACUUUCCCUUUACAGUGACUGUUUUAGACUCUC